AGGCUCACCUAGACGUCGCUUCAUGAAAGAAAUGGCUGCCAUCAUUCAUCAUUAAGGCGUCAUUGAAUGAUCCGCCGGGUAAGGUAGCACAGGCAUAAGAAAGAUAGCUUUUACCACAAUGAAGCUAGUUAAUAACUUACCAUCGCAUACCUACCUGCCUUACCUACUUGACUGUCUUCCCAACUCCGUCAUUGCACAGCAUCUCAACACAACGCUAAUACUUUCUUCACCAUGUUCAACCAGUGCAUCAGAACACCGACCACUCUUCUAUCUAAACAAUCCACCAGGGCAGUGUUCUCGCUUCCAUCUUCCAGCCAAAGACCAUCCUUCAUCUCCGUCGCCAGAAUGGCCACCGCCGCAGGAAACAAAGUCUCUGACCGCAUUAAGCACGACCACCGCGAGCUAGAGUCCUACUACAACAAGAUCAAGUCUGCCAAGUCGGACGAUGAGAAGGUCCGUUGGCAAAAUCAGUUCGUCUGGGAGUUGGCCCGACACUCGAUCGCGGAAGAGCUCGUCGUCUACCCAGCCAUGGAAAAACAUGUGCCUGACGGACUCAAGCUGGCAGAGAAGGAUAGAAGCGAGCAUCAGAUAGUAAAGGAGAAGCUCUAUGAGUUUCAGCAAAUGGAAGCCUCGGACCCCAGCUUUAUUCCAGCUAUUAACUCGCUCUGGGAAACCUUGGGACAGCACAUCAAGGAAGAGGAACAGGAUGACUUGCCAUUGUUGGAGAAGCACAUCGAGGAUGGCGACUCCCAAAAGAUGGCGGCCAGUUUUGACAGGACAAAGCAUUUUGUGCCGACACAAUCGCACCCUGGAGCACCUGAUAGGCCGCCAUACGAGACAGUGGCAGGGUUGAUGGCUGCGCCAAUUGACAAGUUGAUGGACAUGUUCAAGAAGUUCCCCAGUGCAGAGGAGAGGAAGAUAUGAACGUGGGAUGAUUAGAAACUUAUGAUAGAUACCUGGGUAAUCAAGGGAUGUCGUCCAAAUAGACAUCUUGAGGUUCCACUUGGUCGUUGUCGCUCUCAGCUUGGCGAUUUGUCUGACCCCGGCACGCCGAACCAGCUCCGCAC